UAGCAUGCAAUUCAUACAGGCAUUAUUCAUCCCAUUGAAUAGUUUGUCUGAUCGUUUUGUCUCUCCUAAACAAUUCCUGAAGGAGGAGUUGCAACCCAUGGUCAGAACUCAGUUCAGCCAAGGAUCAGAACAAUGCAAACCGGAAGCAAAGAUCAAAUACGUUGUUGACCUAAUAGACGAUAUGGGAAGAAAAUAUUGGAUUGUGAGAGCAUUUGUUACCUCAGGGCUGGAUCCAAUGCAGAGGAUUCUAACAGCUAUUUCCAUCUCGUCCCCGCACCUCCACUUCGAAACCCCAACUCCCAAUUCCCGUCCGGAAACCCGAAGCUCAAUCUUUUAUAGCUCUCCUCCUCCCGGUGCUCCGCCGGACCAAUUUGAGAGUGACGACGACGGCUUUCUCGUAAUUGAUCGUGAUGGAAAAGGGUAUUUCUGUCAAUUGGAACUGUGGAUAACGUGGGAUCGAGCGGCUGCCCUCUUAUUCAAAAUUAGGGUUUCUUCUUCUUGUUUCGUGUUGCUUUCGAGAUCUCUAGCAGAGAAUUAUGGCGUUAAUGAUGAUGACUGCGUUCGGUCCGAAGCUUCCGCUUCAACGGGAUAAAUCUCGAAUUUCUCGAGUGAUGGUGCCACUAAGUUUGAAAGCCACUCUAAGUAGAACAACUGAAAGAGCUACUGCUUGUAAUGUAUGGGAAGGUCAAAGGUAAGAGUGGACUUAACUGGUGAGGAAACACAGAAGGCAUUUGAUAUUGUCUUAACAAAUUUGGCUCGCACUGCACCUCCAAUUCCAGGAUUCCGGAGAAUGAAAGGAGGAAAGACAUCCAAUGCAAAGGGGAAGGCAGUAGCAUCAGUUGCAUCGUUGGAAAGAAUCGGGUCGGACGACGAGACACCUUCACAAUCACAUUCUCUUUCUCGCUCGGUCCAGAGACAUGACAGCAACACGGACAGCAGUGCCUUGACAGAUGAUGGCGGUGAUGCCGGGCAAUCGUUGGUCUCGUCUACACAACUUGAGAGUAGUGAAUGGAUUGAGGAGCAAUAUUUUACACAUGCCACUCAAGAUUCAGAUCAUGGAACUCGACAAGGUAGUGAUCAAGUUUAUGCGCGGAAGGGGAAGGGGAAGGGGAAGGCAGUGGAUGAAUAUGAACAAAUACGACAGAGCAUACAUGAUAUAGACACAGAAAGAGGCUCAUCGUAUUAUGGAGAAUCAUACGGGCAACAACAAGAUGGUGAUAGUUGGUCAUCCUUCUCUGAGCAACAACAUUAUACAGAACAACACCAAUAUAUGCCUCAAGAGCUGCCUCGGACAAAUAUGAUUCAUGACGAUCAGUCUACGAUCAACACCACAUUGAUGCAUCAAUGGCACACGGUGUAUCAAUAUACUAUGUCAUGGGAUCAAUUUCAUGAUUGGGUCCAACAAACGUAUCAUAUUGAUAUGUAUCGGAUCGAGGACCCCGAUCCACUACCCGUGGAAGCCCGUCGUUCGUUUUGGUGGUAGAACAACAAUCAGGUAUAUCUAGAUAUGUGAUAAUUUAUUUCAUUUGAAUUUUAGAGUUUAUAUUGUAACAAAAUAGUCUAACAAUUUAACUGAUUUUUCUGUAGAUAUUUCAAUCUAUAACGGGCUGAAAUACGAACCUCGAACAAGACUACCUCAAAGCCUGAAAAAGAUAUGUGAUACUAUUUUUACCUAAUUUACAUUGAUUUUGCUAAACCUAUACUAUUACUAUAUUUAUUUGUAACUUGAAAACCCUAUCCUAACUUUUUUUUCUAAUUUUCAGGUAUUUUGGAGGGAUAAAUCGGUAAAAUCGGGUGUACCGCUCGGUACACCCGUACCGUACCGUACCGAGCCCGGGUCGAAACUCCG